GAUGAACUUUGCUUACAAUCCCUUCUGCUAUUUUGUCUACCCUCGAAUGGCUGAGUAUAUAACUCCCCACUUCCAGGGUACCUUUAGCUAGACCGUCUGAACGAUGAUCGUAUUGACUGGGGCAACUGGCGGUAUCGGCUCGCAGGUCCUCAAGCAUUUGCUUCAGACUUGUCUGGUUCCGCCCACUGAGAUCGCACUCUCUAUCUACAAUCCCAACCCGUCGUCUUCGUUUAUCUCUACGCUUCCCGAAGGUAUCCAAGUUCGACGUGGCGACUUCGCGGAUCCGAAGUCGCUGGACGAGGCUUUCAAGGGUGCAGACAAGCUUCUCAUCGUAUCCUACCCCUCCAUUGCCCACGAUAUCCGCGUUCGCUCGCACAUCAACGCCAUCGAUGCUGCCAAACGCGUCGGCGUCAAACGCAUCUACUACACUAGCUUGGCCUUCGCUGGCGAGACGGGUGCUGGUAAGAAAGGCGAAGAGAAGGACGGCGAGGGAAAGAGUGUCAGUGCUGUGAUGAGCGCGCAUUUGGAUCCGGAGCGGUAUCUGAAGGAAAGUGGGGUCACGUAUACAAUUUUGAGGGAAGGGAUCUAUGCGGAGAGUUAUCCACUUUACCUGGGUUUCUUCGACCCCAAGAAAAACACGGACGUUUACGUGCCUGGGGAUGGGCUCAUUGCGUGGGCUUCGAGAGAAGAGCUCGGAGAGGCGACCGCUCGACUCAUUGCGGAGGGUUCUCAUGCUAACGAGACCCUCCUUCUAUCUGGCCCUCCUUCCAACAACCUUACCCUCUCCAGUCUUAGCAUACAUCUCUCAAAACUUCUCGCUCGGACGAUCUCUUUGCACACCAUAACGGUCGACGACUACGUUCAACGCUUCUACAAGAAGGACUCGCCAUGGGGUAGUGAGGAAUUCCUGAGGGAGUGGGCGAAGACAUACGAAGCGAUGGCGAGAGGCGAGACGGGAGUAGCGAGUGAUGUGUUGCGAAGGAUUCUGGGCAGGGAGCCCAAAAGCAUGGAGCAAUCUUUGAGAGACAGUUUGGGAGAAGAUGCGAUUGGGCAAUACGCGAAAUGAUGAUGCUCUCGGGGGUGGAAUGGAUCGGUAUAGGGUAUGCAGCUGGAAGUUACAGUAUUUUUCGUAUCUCCGGAAUGGCCACUGCUCUUCAUUGUCGAUGUCAGAGCGAGGCCUUCUCGAAAGCACACUGUACUGACAAGUGGACUGUAAAUGGGUGGUGAAGCAAGGUCAUCAGGAGAGCGGUAAAUUCCAUUGGGUAAAUGAAAAAGGCCAGAGGCUGUACGUUCUCCGAAGGUUCUGUCGAGGAAAGAAAGAGUGUGGGAACUUCACUCGCCGCUCCAGACUAUUUUCUCGACCGGCGUUGACUCACUCCAGACUUACUUUGCUCAGGCAAGGGCUAUCAUGUCGUUCCUCAGCAUCGCUCUGAAACCCUAGAGCCGCUCGAUAGUUAGUUGAUGGUUAGGCGACCGGUUUUGCUAGGCGUCGACGCUCAGGUUGCCGCAUCUUGGCCGAGCCGGCAGAUUGAUCCCACAUCAAUAACAGACACUUGGACUUGGUCUGAUUUCGUUCGCUAGGUACGGCUGGACUUGGGCUGGACAGGGCUGUGCCUUCAACCGAAAUAUAUUUGCCCUUAGAAUCGUCAGUCGUGACAACUAUCCGGAAUACUAUGGCGCACAGAGACAACCACCAGCCGAUUAAAAUUGCAGUCGUUGGCGGUGGCGUUGGCGGAAUAAUCACCUCCUAUGCCCUCGCAUCAGCUUUUUCCCUCCUUCAAGCAGACAUCGAGAUUCACGUCUUUGAGGCUGCAUCAGAGUUCACCGAGAUUGGGGCGGGCAUAGGCGUUACUUGGAGGGCAUGGACGGUCCUCCAGCUUCUAGGCCUUCAGGACGACCUACUCAAGCUGAUUCCGCGGGCGCCUAAUGAUGAUAUGGCGAUAGCUUCUAGAUGUAGGAAGUCAGACCAGAACGUCGGAAUCGAUAUCCUCGAUAUGAUGACCCGUGGCGGUUACACAACCUUUCUUCGAAGAGAUUUUCACGCCGCCAUCCUCUCUCGUCUAGAGAAUGAUCCAAACUGCUUCACUCACACAUACAAGCGUCUCCUUUCCUACACCGAGCACAAGUCCGAGUCUGAAGCCUCCGUCGGCAUUACUCUCAACUUCGCCGACGCCACCAAGGUCACCUGUGAUAUACUAAUUGGCGCAGACGGCCUGAAGUCCGUCGUCCGCCAUUGCAUGUACGAAUCUCUUGCUCUUAUGGCCGAACCACGGGCUCUCGACCAGGCGCUCCGUUUCGAUGGAAAGGAAAGACAAAAGAGGCAGGCGUUGUUAUCGUUGAAAAUGCCGGUGUGGAGUGGAGUUCUCGUCUACAGAGCCCUUGUUUCUGCAGAGACACUCCUGACGGUUAACGGAGGCCACCCUGUUGCUGUCAGGGUGAUGCAAUAUUUUGGAAGAAAUCAGCACAUAACCGCAUACCCUGUUUCCUCUGGCCGUCUCAUAAAUAUUGUCAUCUUCUUUGCAGACUAUUCCCGCGAGUUCACUUCCUACCCCGAACCCUGGGUCGAGAAGGACGUAGAUCCUCAACCGAUUAUCGACGCAUUCGCUCAUUGGGAGCAAGAAGUGAAGGAACUAGUCGCAUGUAUCAAGUCCACACAAGUAUCGAGAUGGGCCGUUCACGUCGUCACAGACCUUCCCUCGUUCACGUCUCCAUCAUCCCAAAUCACGCUGCUCGGCGAUGCGGCGCAUGCCAUGACCCCAUUUCAAGGAGUAGGAGCCGGCCAAGCUAUCGAAGAUGCAUAUGUCCUUUCAACGCUCAUCGAACGGUCUCUGCUCAAUACUUCCGCCAGCACUACGUCCGCCACUGCCACCGGGAUCUAUCCGUCUCCUCACAUCACUCCCUCACGAUCCGAGCUACUAGCAAGAGUUCACAAAGCGCUUCAAGUAUACUCUGAAUACCGGCUUCCUAUAGUUUACGAUAUUCAAGAGAGGUCGAGGAGAGCUGGGAUGCAGCAUGCGUUUCAUUCAUCCGCCCUCAGACGUAGGAAUGGUGAGAGUUCCGAGAAUCCUGGGUGUACGUCCUUGGAGUGGGAUCUAGGGCAACUGGCGAAGGACCUACAAAGCAAUAUUGAUUGGGUAAGUGAAGGGAGCCCGAGGACCGAGUUAGAAAGGGCAGUGGAGAUGCUGGAGGAAAGAUUAGGAUGAUGGAGAAUGAGGUUUCAAACGCCGGGUGGAGUGCCGAGGGACAGGGGCACUGAGUGGGUCGAGUUACAAGAUCUUUAUGGUACACUCGCACGUCUGGUGUUCUCGAU